AUGAAGAAGCUGCUCUUCUCAACUAUUAAAAAUGGAAUUCUUUCGCGAAAUCGGGCAAUAUCGAAUUGUUGUGUGCUAGGAAAUUCCAAAAAACCCCCAGAAGAACCUUAUGAGGGUCUAUGUUGCGGUCAAGGGUGCAAUAAUUGUGUUUGGAUUGAGUAUGGGAACGGUCUGAUAGAUUAUUACCAGGGAAUGGACAGAGAAAAAGUUCUUUCUGAAAUUUGUACAAAAGUCAAAGACCCGAACGUAAGAGCUUUUGUACUAGCGGAACUAACCAUGGCUUGGAAGAAGCGUAAUCAGAUCAUUAAUCCACCUGAUGAAUAA